GAAUACUCUGAUUCUUCAGCAACGAUGAAGCGAUCAAUCAACGAAGUUUUCAGAUCGGUGAGUACACUCGAUGUCGCCAAUGGAAACCGCAGUAAGGACCGGGACCGCGACGUAAAUCGGCACCGGGAGAGAGACAGAGGGCAAGACCGCGACAGGGAGAGAGGCAGAGGGCGUGACCGCUGUGAACGAGAUCGUGAGCUGAAUCGACGAAUUCAAGAUUGGGAGCGGGAGGAGGAGGCCAAGGCUCGGAAGAAGGCGCAGGUUGAGAAGUUAGUUGAGCGAGAGCGGGAGAAGGAACUCGACGCCAUUAAAGAACAGUACCUCGGCGGAAAGAAGCCGAGGAAGAGAGUCAUCAGGCCAAGCGACAAGUUACGUUUCUCUUUCGAUUGGGAAAACACCGAGGAUACCUCUACGGAUAUGAACGCUCUCUACCAAAACCCUCACGAAGCUCAACUUCUGUUUGGGAGAGGGUUUCGUGCUGGUAUGGACCGCCUCGAGCAGAAAAAGCAGGCGGCCAAGCACGAGAGGGAGAUGCGUAGGAAGGAUGGUGUAGUAGAGAGACCAGAGGAGGCGGAUACAUAUGACUCGUUGGACAUGAGAGUUGAUAGGCACUGGAGAGAUAAGAGAUUGGAGGAGAUGACUGAAAGGGAUUGGCGUAUUUUCAAGGAAGAUUCCAACAUCUCUUACAAAGGCACGAGGAUUCCUCGUCCAAUGAGGAGCUGGGAAGAGAGCAAGCUCACUUCUGAGCUUUUGAAAGCUGUGGAGAGAGCUGGCUACAAGGAACCUCGUUCCAUUCAAAUGGCAGCCAUACCUCUUGGACUGCAACAGCGGGAUGUUAUCGGCAUUUCAGAGACUGGUUCUGGUAAGACUGCUGCUUUUGUUUUGCCCAUGUUAGCUUACAUAUCUAGAUUGCCACCGAUGAGCGAAGAGAAUGAGACCGAGGGUCCUUACGCUGUGGUUAUGGCCCCUACUCGGGAGCUUGCGCAGCAGAUUGAGGAGGAGACUGCUAAGUUUGCGCAUUAUCUGGGGUUUAGGGUGACUUCUAUUGUUGGUGGUCAGUCGAUUGAGGAACAGGGGUUGAAGAUAGCACAAGGGUGUGAGAUUGUGAUUGCGACUCCGGGUCGUCUGAUUGAUUGCCUUGAGACGCGGUAUGUGGUGUUGAAUCAGUGCAACUACGUGGUUCUUGAUGAGGCAGAUCGGAUGUUAGACAUGGGUUUCGAGCCUCAGGUUGCAGGUGUGUUAGAUGCGAUGCCUUCAAGUAAUUUAAAACCCGAGAACGAAGAAGAAGAGCUUGACGAAAAGAAGAUUUACAGAACCACGUAUAUGUUCACUGCUACAAUGCCUCCUGGGGUACAAAGACUCGCUGGCAAGUACUUGAGGAACCCGGUCGUUGUCACCAUUGGUACUGCAGGGAAUACCAUCUCGGAACGAGUGCUUUGGAUGAAAGAAUCUGACAAGUUCUUCAAAUUGCAGAAACUGCUCGACGAGCUCGGCGAUAAUACUGCAAUCGUGUUUGUUAACACAAAGAAAAGUUGUGACUUUAUUGCUAAGAAUCUGGAUAAGGCAGGAUACCGUGUCACGAUCUCACACGGUGGGAAGUCGCAAGAGCAGAGAGAAAUCAGCUUAAGAGGAUUCAGGGCAAAGAGAUACAACGUUCUUGUUGCGACAGAGGUUGUAGGCCGUGGAAUCCAUAUAUCCGAUGUGGCUCAUGUCAUAAACUAUGACAUGCCUAAAGAUAUAAAGAUGUAUACACACCGUAUCGGACGUACAGGACGUGCUGGGAAAAGCGGUGUUGCGACUUCUUUCUUGACUAGAAAUGAUACUAGUAUCUUCUAUGAUCUGAAGCAGAAGCUUGUUCAGAGCAACAGUGUGGUGCCUCCUGAGCUAGCGAGACAUGAAGCGUCCAGAUUCAAACCAAGAAGGGUUCUUGAUAGACCCCCAAGACAUAGUGACACAGUCUAUAUAAACUGAGUGGAGUCGCUAGGGUCUGGAUUUGCUCUUGAAUAUGAUAGUGAAGGAAGCAGUAGCAAGUGGGAUAGUUGGAACUUGAUAAACUUUUGAAUUAUUUACUGCUAGUUAAUUAUAUUUUAGUAUAUCUUAUUGCUUAUAAACAUU